AUGGAUCGGUGGAUUGUGUUUGUGUAUGGAUCGGUGGAUUGUGUUUGUGUAUGGAUCGGUGGAUUGUGUUUGUGUGUGAAUCUGUGGAUCAGUGGAUUGUGUUUGUGUGUGGCUCUGUGGAUUGUGUUUGUGUAUGGAUCAGUGGAUUGUGUUUGUGUGUGGCUCUGUGGAUUGAGUUUGUGUAUGGAUCAGUGGAUUGUGUUUGUGUGUGGCUCUGUGGAUGGUGUUUGUGUAUGGAUCGGUGGAUUGUGUUUGUGUAUGGAUCGGUGGAUUGUGUUUGUGUAUGGAUCAGUGGAUUGUGUUUGUGUGUAG